GAGCUAGUAAGAUUUCCAUGUAUUGAAUGACAAAUGAAUACAGAUAGUCAUACAAAGAAAAAAAGAAAGUGGUCGGCUAUGAUUAGGUUAUAGACUUCUUUUAUUGGCGUCUUCCUAAUUAAUUAAUUUCAAAACCCAUUUCUACCCCCACAUCUUUCUCAAUAAAUUGCUUCCAUCUUAAGCUUUUGAGAGACAGUUUAAGCUAAUGCUAACCAACUCGGGAUAAAGCAAAAGCUUCAAUUAACAUAUGGCUUUCAAAAAGAUCACAUUGAAAAACUUUCUACCAGGGUGUUUCAAGUCCAAGAACCCACCCUCAGAGCCAAAAAAUCUACCUUCAAAACAAACUUCUUUCCAAAGGAUAUCACUUUCUGAUUUGAGUAACUCUUCCUUCUCAGUCUCUGUGAUGAGUGAUAUAUCAAACUCUUUUGUGGGAUCAAAUAUUCAUGUUUUCACUCUUAAGGAGCUCAAAGUUAUUACACAAGACUACUCAAGGAUUAACUUUCUUGGUGAAGGUGGAUUUGGACCUGUGUAUAAGGGGUUCAUUGAUGACAAACUUAGGCCUGGAUUGGAAGCUCAACCUGUUGCUGUCAAGGUAUUGGAUUUGGAAGGCAAACAAGGCCACAGGGAAUGGCUGGCUGAAGUGAUAUAUCUCGGGCAAUUAAGGCACUCCCAUCUUGUGAACCUGAUCGGAUACUGCUGUGAGGAAGAGCACCGGCUACUUGUAUAUGAAUACAUGGAGCUUGGCAACUUGGAUAACAAACUAUUUAGAAGUUAUUGUGCAACCUUGCCUUGGUUAACAAGAAUAAAAAUUGCAAUUGGAGCUGCAAAAGGCCUGGCUUUUCUCCACGAAGAAGAAAAGCCGGUCAUAUAUAGAGAUUUCAAAGCUUCAAACAUCUUAUUAGACACUGAGUACACUGCUAAGCUUUCUGAUUUUGGGCUUGCAACUGAUGGACCAGAAGGGGAUGAGACACAUAUCACAACUCGUGUCAUGGGCACACAUGGCUAUGCAGCUCCUGAAUACGUUAUGACAGGUCAUUUGACGACUAUGAGCGAUGUGUUUAGCUUCGGAGUAGUCCUUUUAGAGCUAAUAACGGGUAGGCGAUCUGUGGACAAGAACCGGCCAAGUAGAGAGCAAAAUUUGGUAGAAUGGGCAAGACCUCUUUUGAAGGACCCCCAUAAACUUGAGAGAAUAAUGGACCCAAGGCUUGAAGGCCAGUACUCAACUGAAGGGGCUAGAAAAGCAGCCUUAUUGGCUUACCAAUGCCUAAGCCAGCACCCCAAGUCAAGACCAACAAUGAGGAAUGUGGUCAAGACCUUGGAGCCUCUCUUGGACUUGAAGGAUAUUCCAAUUGGACCAUUUGUGUACAUUGUACCAAGUGAUGAAAGCCUAAACAACGAAAGUUGUGUGCUAAUUAGCAAUGGAAAAGGAGGAAAUGAAUGUGACAUGGCAAAAAAUGGGAACAAAGAUGAGCAACGAAAGGAAGAGGAAAAGAAAGAGAAGACUUGUCGCCGCUACCGCAAAAGUCACAGGCAUAGACAUAGAAUUAGAUCAUUGAGGUCUCAAGCUGUCUAUUCUGAUACUGCUUUGUAUAAAACUCUUGGGACUAGUUUGUACACUUCUAGACAAGAACAAUUGGGCUUAGUGGCAUAGUUAGAACAACUUAGCAUCAUACUAUACACAAGAAAAAUGAAAAAAAAAAAAAAAAAAAAAAACACUCUUCAAGUAUAGAAGACAUUUUAAUUGUAAAUCAGGGAUAUUUUUUCAUUUGGGUAUUAUGGGGCCUUUGGAUUUAGCUAUAAAUUAAGAUGAAAUAUCAAAUAUUUGUAAUC